UGGAAUAUGUGUUGCUUUCAAGUCCCUCUCAAUCCCCUCUUUACCAUUUAUUCAUCAACUUUUCUGCUUCCACCCCCUGUUUUAAUGAAAAAGAGAACAAUCUCGGAAAACCGAGCAUCUAUUUAGUUCUAGAUUUUUCUGAGUUUUUCUAUUGUAUUUUUCUUUUCUUUUUUAAUUCCGAAAUUCUUAAUCUUUGGUGAAAGAUGUUAAGAUCUGGACCGGAUAGAAAGUUCUGGUGGUUCUUCCUUUCAAACUCAUUCUUUGGUUGCUUUUCUUUGGAAUGCUAAAAAUUGGAUUUUAGAAUGUUAAAGAUGAAGAUCUUUUUUCGGUGCAAUGUAUAAAUUUUAGAUCUUGAGACUCAUUUGUGCAGAGGACAAGCUCAGAUCUAGACAUUAGGAGAGAUUCCUGUUUCUUUGCAUAGAAUAAUUAAUGGUAGAAAGUUUUCCAAAUGCCAAUGCCUGGAGAAGCUCCUUUCUUUUGGAAUUCUUAAAAGUCUAAUUUCCAACCGGAUUCAUGGAAUUGCAUCAGAUUUUUGGUGCAUAUCCUGCCCAAAGUUCAUUUUUUGAUGCAUACGUUCUAAUAAUUUUUUGCAGCGAUUUAUCAUUAUGGGCAAUCUCUAUUCUCCAUCAUUAUGAAUAUAAAAAUCCUUUUUUUCUUCUUCUUUUCUUCCAAAACGUGUUUAUUAUUCCCCCUCCCUUUUCUUGUUUUUAGAUGUUGUGGGAGGCAUAUAUGUGCCAUUUCCUUCGAAGUUAUUAGAUGCUAAAUUUUCAUACGAUUUACUAUCUUGAACAUGGAGCGUAUCACUAAUAUUUGAGACCUUUCAUGUUCAUUUCGUAAGUGAUUUUACAGGAACCUGGUAUCUUAUUCAUUAUGAAUUUAUAAGAGUGUUGUUUUCUAAUUUAUCGCUAUUUGAAUUUUGAGGCUUCUUCCCCUGUUAAUAGAUACUGCAAAUCCAUUUCUUUACCUAGAGUCACAAAGAAAUCUGACACUUAAUUUUCAGAGCUUGGGUUCCAAGUAAUUUUCCACGUGCUCUGAACUAGAAGGGAGAUUUGCAGCCUAGAAUGAAUUGAAGUUCUAACAUUACUGAGAGCGGGAUAACAUAUGAAGAUGGAUAUAUGGAGCUUCAACAAGAAAGCUCCAUUCUUGGGGCGUUGUCUGCGACAAUCUCAAGGAAUCUUUCAUCUUCUUCCUCUGCAUUUGUCUCUGCAAGUCAGUCGCCUUUCUUCUCGCCACGAUCACCAGUGCUCGGCUCCGAAGCAGUCCGACCUGACGCUGCAAACACUUCCAAUAGUAUUGUUAUAAAUGUUGGUCAUCUUGGUUCUAGCACUGUGACUGAACCAGAAUCUUUAUCUGGUAUCAACUUUGUGGCAUCUGAUGUAUCUCCCGUUCCAAGUUUCUGCACUUCCAGUAAUUUUGGAACUCCAGGAAAUGUUAACAACAACCCCAGUCCGGUUUCCUCCUCUAAUGGUAUUUGCAAUGGCAGUUCAUCUAAUUACAGCCAAGGAAGCAGUAAUUGUCACUUGGCUCGCAGGGAGAAGCAGAAGAGAUUGGGGAGAGGCCAGAGAAGGUUUUCAUUUACUGAGCCUUCAGCUUCGGUUUCUUCAGCUAGUAGGCUUAGGAGCUGUGAUGUGUACAUAGGAUUUCAUGGGCGGAAACCCUCCUUGCUGAAAUUUACCAAUUGGCUUCGUGCGGAGUUGGAAAUCCAAGGGAUUAGUUGCUUCGCAUCCGACAGGGCCUGGUGCAGGAAUUCUCGCAGCUAUGAUAUGGUAGAAAGAAUAAUGAACGCUUCUACCUAUGGAGUAGUGAUCCUCACAAAGAAGUCAUUUGGGAACCCUUAUAGCAUAGAGGAGCUUAGAAAUUUUUUGGAUAGAAAAAAUCUGGUUCCUGUUUACUUUGACUUGAGCGCUGCUGAUUGUCUUGCAAGAGACAUGAUUGAAAAGAGGGGAGAACUGUGGGAGAAACAUGGUGGUGAGUUGUGGAUGCUGUAUGGUGGCUUGGAAAGGGAAUGGAGAGAAGCUAUAGAUGGACUUCAACGGGUAGUAGACCAGCAAUUGGAGGCAUUUGAUGGUAAUUGGAGAGAAUGCAUACUACAGGCUGUGGUUCUUUUGGCUGCAGGAUUGGGGAGGAGAAGUGUGGUGGAUAGAGUGAAUAGGUGGAGAGGGAGGGUGGAGAAAGAGGAGUUCCCUUAUCCUCGAAAUGAAGCUUUUGUCGGUCGGAAAAAGGAACUCUCUCAGUUGGAGCUUAUUUUGUUUGGAGAUGUCAGAGGGGUUGGAGAAGGAGAAUACUUUGAACUUAAGACCAGCCAUAGGCGAAAAGCUUUUUCGAUAGGAAGGUCUGGGAAUUGUUGUGAAGAGAAAAAAGCAAAGGAUCGGAAAUCAGAAGGCAGCAUCAAAGGAAAAGAGCCGGUUCUCUGGAAGGAGUCUGAGAAGGAAAUUGAGAUGCAGAGGUUGGGUAGUCCACAUAGGCAAUGCCCCCCUUUAAGGGCAAAGAAUGGAGGGAGGUAUGGUAGGAGAAAAAGAUCGACAAAGAUGCUGUACGGGAAGGGUAUUGCUUGUGUGUCUGGGGAUUCAGGAAUCGGUAAAACAGAAUUGGUUUUGGAAUAUGCAUACAGAUUCUCCCAGAGAUACAAGAUGGUCUUGUGGGUGGGAGGGGGAACCAGAUAUAUUCGGCAGAACUAUCUGGCUCUAUGUACUUUCCUGGAUGUUGAUCUGAGCAUUGAAAACAAUUGUCUUGAAAAAGGAAAGAUGAAGUGCUUCGAAGAGCAGGAAGAAGAAGCCAUUUCCAGAGUAAGGAAAGAGCUAAUGCGGGACAUCCCAUUCUUAAUUGUCAUUGAUAACUUGGAGAAUGAGAAGGACUGGUGGGAUCAAAAAGUUAUAAUGGAUCUUCUGCCACGAUUUGGUGGAGAAACGCAUUUCAUAAUAACCACCCGCCUUCCUCGAGUAAUGAACUUGGAGCCAAUGAAGCUUUCGUACUUAUCCGGUGUCGAGGCGAUGUCUUUGAUGAUGGGAGGCAUGAAGGACUAUCCAAUAGUUGAAAUUGAUGCUCUUAAAGCCAUCGAGGAGAAACUCGGCAGGCUUACACUUGGUCUUGGUAUUGUAGGAGCUAUUCUUUCUGAGCUGCCUAUAACUCCGAGUCGGCUGCUUGACACUAUAAAUAGAAUGCCUCCGAGAGUUUUGGCAUGGACUGAUAGAGAAGUUCCUGCAUUGAGACGACAUACAGUCCUCGUUCAGCUUUUAGAUGUCUGUCUUUCGAUAUUUGACCAUGCUGAUGGACCAAGGAGUUUGGCAACCAGAAUGGUUGAAGUAAGUGGUUGGUUUGCUCCUUCAGCAAUUCCAAUUUCUCUCUUAGCUUUGGCUGCACAUAAGGUUCCAGAGAAUCGUCAGGGUUCUCCAGUCUGGAAGAAGCUUUUGCAUGCACUAAUCUGCAGCUUUACAGCAUCUCAUAUCAAGAGAUCUGAAGCUGAAGCAUCAUCCAUGUUGAUCAGAUUUGGGAUUGCGAGAAGUAGCGCAAAAACUGAUCGCAUCCAUUUUCAUGAGAUUGUCAAGCUAUAUGCUCGCAAACGGGGGGCCACUCGAGUUGCUCAUGCUACGUUUCAAGCAGUUUUCCUUAGAGGCUCCGUCUCUCAAUCUUUUGACCAUCUAUGGGCAGCUUGCUUCUUACUUCUUGGAUUUGGAACCGAUCCUGUGGUUGUGGAGCCAAGACCAUCUGACUUGCUAUUCUUCAUAAAACGUGUGGUUCUGCCUCUAGCCAUACAUACAUUCAGCACCUUCUCUCGGUGCACUGCAGCAUUAGAACUUCUACGCCUUGCAACCGAUGCAUUGGAUAUUGCUGCAGAGUCAUUGGUUUCAAGAUUUGAGAAAUGGUUUGAUAAAUCAUUCUGUUGCAUUAGAGCAGGUCAAUCAGAUGCUCAGAGCACAUAUCUUUGGCAGGACUUGACACUCUUGAAAGCAACUGUUCUAGAAACAAGAGCAAAACUGAUGCUUAGGGGUGGACAGUAUGACAUAGGGGAUGACCUCAUUCGCAAAGCUAUUUUUAUCAGGACUUCAAUCUGUGGUGAGCAUCAUCCAGACACAGUAGCGGCUCGAGAAACACUUAGUAAACUGACAAGACUUCUCACAAACAUUCAAGUUAGUUGAUCUUGUGUAAUUUCUUUAUCAUUCACCAUAUAUUCUUUCAUGUGGUUUCACAUUAGAAUCACAAAAAAUGUCUCAGCUCAAUAAGAAGGAAAUUACCGAAAUAACUUCAGUUUUCUUCUUGCGCUUUUUUCCAAUAUUUUUGGCUCUUGCAGAAAGCAUUGUUCAUAAUUAUAAAAUUAGUUUGAGCUUGGAAACCUUUUGAAUA